GUGGGCGUUUGGGGUCCUACUAUUUGAAAUCAUCACACUAGGUGGUUUUCCUUAUCCAUCUGUUCCUCAAGAAGAUAUGCUUCAAUUUCUUGAAAGUGGAGGUCGCAUGGGGCGCCCUGACAACUGUCCCGAAAACUUCUAUGAGGUUAUGUAUGAAUGCUGGAUGAGUGAACCCGAAGAACGACCAGAUUUCUUAACAAUCCGUCAAAAAUUGGCAGCUCAACUCGAAGAAAUCACUGAAGAGUAUAGCUACUUAACUCUCGACGCUCAAAAGGACUACUACGGUGUGCAGUAUGAGGACCAA